AUGCAGGCCCGGAAGAAGUAUGUCCUGCUGGGUCUGUGUGCGAGCUGCUGGCUGCUGCUCUUUUACUGGGGGGGGGGAGUCCAGCUGCGCCUGCUGCGGCUGCUGACGCGCCAGCGGGCCGAGGUGGUCCGACCGUGGCCCAACUGGACCGACCGGGCCUUCCUGCCCCGCUAUGCCCACCUGGACGAGCUGCAGACGGACCCGGGGACGGCCGAGUCGCCCCGCCAGCGCCGCCAGGCCUGGUCGGCCAUCUACAAGGACAGCCGCUGCCGCAUGGAGACCUGCUUCGACUUCUCUCGGUGUCGGCGCCGAGGACGAGAAGGGUUCCGGGUCUACAUCUACCCGUCUGAGAAGAACGAGCGCGUGUCGGAGAGCUACAGGAAGAUCCUGACGUCCAUCGGCGAGUCGCGCUACUUCACCUCGGACCCCCGCGAGGCCUGCCUGUUCGUGCUCGGUAUCGACACUUUGGAUCGGGACCAGCUGUCAGGACAGUUUGUGCCCAACGUGGACGAGCGUAUCCGCGGCUACCCGCUGUGGAACGACGGCCGGAACCACCUGAUCUUCAACCUGUACUCGGGCACGUGGCCCAACUACACGGAGGACCUGGGCUUCAACAUCGGCCAGGCCAUCCUGGCCAAGGCCAGCCUGAACACGGAGCACUUCCGGCCGGGCUUCGACGUCUCCAUCCCGCUCUUCUCCAAGGACCAUCCCCAGAAGGGCGGCGAGCGCGGCUGGCUGGUCCGGAACACUGUCCCGCCCAGACGGAAGUACCUGCUGAUGUUCAAAGGGAAGCGGUACCUGACGGGCAUCGGAUCGGACACCAGGAACGCUCUGCAUCACAUCCACAACGGGAAGGACAUCGUGUCGCUGACGACGUGCCGCCACGGGAAGGACUGGGAGAAGCACAAGGACGCCCGCUGCGACCACGACAACCUGGAGUACGAAAGGUUCGACUACCAGGAGCUGCUGCACAACUCCACCUUCUGCCUGGUGCCUCGAGGCCGACGUCUGGGCUCCUUCCGCUUCCUCGAGUCCCUGCAGGCGGCCUGCAUCCCGGUGCUGCUCAGCAACGGCUGGGAGCUGCCGUUCUCCGACGUGGUCCAGUGGAACCAGGCGGUGAUCGAAGGAGACGAGAGGCUGCUGCUGCAGGUGCCGUCCACGGUCAGGGCCAUCGGCAACGAGAGAGUCCUGGCCCUCCGACAGAGGACCCAGAUGUUGUGGGAAGCCUACUUCUCCUCCGUGGACAAGAUAGUCCUCACCACGCUGGAGAUCAUUAAGGACCGAGUGUUUUCUCACAUAUCGAGGAACAAGUACAUGUGGAACUCGCUGCCAGGAGGCCUGUUGGUCCUGCCAGAGUACUCCACGCACCUCGCACACUUCCCCUUCUACUACCUGGGAUUAGGAGUCGGUCCUGGUCAGGAGUUCACGGCUGUCAUCCACGCCGUCUCCCCAUUGGUCUCCCAGUCUCAGCCCAUCAUGAAGCUACUUCAGGUGGUCUCCAAGUCAAAGUACUGCUCACAGAUCAUCAUUCUGUGGAACAGCGAGAAGCCGCCUCCCAAUCGCAGCAAAUGGCCUCCGAUGCCGGUUCCCCUCACGGUGACAGACGGCAGGAGGAAGGUGAGACCCGACGCCGUGGAACCGCCGGCCCGCCUGGCUGUUGACUCACUCUGUGUCCAUAUCGGUGUUGGUCUGUCUUCCCUCUCCAUCCCCGUACUCCCAUCCCAGUACGACUGA